UAUGGUGCCACGUGACUGCCUUCAAGUAGUCACCUUCAUUACAGCGACUCGCUGCACCAAAACGUCUACUUGGCACUCAAUAUGGAUGCGCGCUUGCGUCGAGUUAACAAGGAGAUCGCAGACUGUAAGAAUGAUAAAGCCUCUAAUAUCAAAAUCGACCUCGUCGAUUCAUCCCCUUUCCAUCUGAAGGGAUCAUUUCCCGGCCCCAAAGACACACCAUACGAAGGAGGCGUCUUUGAAGUGGAUAUUGUAGUUCCUGAAUCGUACCCCUUUCAAGCCGUGAAGAUGAAGUUUAUCACUAAGGUGUACCAUCCUAACAUAUCAUCGGCGUCUGGUGCUAUCUGCCUUGACAUUUUGAAAGAUGCAUGGUCCCCUGUUCUGACCCUCAAAUCGACCUUGAUAUCGUUGCAAUCACUCUUAUGUUCCCCAGAGCCAAACGAUCCUCAGGAUGCUGAGGUUGCGAAACAUUACAUGACAAGCAAGAACAGCUUCGAGGAGACGGCACGGUACUGGACACAGAUCUAUGCCGGCGGUCCUGGAUCGAAAGGGAAGGUGGAUACAAAAGAGGCUGCAAAGGAUGAAAUAGCUAUAGCGGGUCUUGAAAAGACUCAUGUCACUCAGUUUGAGGGUCUUGGAUUCGAGCGGUCGAAGGUGAUUGACGUUCUGCGUAGAAUGAACUACAGGGGAUCUAAUGCUGCAAACAUACCGGACGAGAGAAUAAUCGAUGAGCUUUUGAAGUGACAAACCGUCAGCAUGUUUCCGUGGAUACGGACGUUAUCGACCUCCUUGUAUCCCUUCACUAUAUCCCUUCAUCCCGCAAUGUCACUGUACUGUCCUAAUUGAACUUGUUUGUCGGUGGAACCUUCCGAUCCGACUGCCA